UCCCCUAGCUCUGGCUCAGGCAUAUGAGACGAGAGAUAAACUCAUGGCAUCACAUUCGGAGCUAGCCGAAGAGGGGGCUAUUCAGAUUGUAAUAAUAAAAACAACAGGUGACAAAAUACUCUCUCAACCACUUGCAGACAUUGGAGGGAAGGGCUUGUUCACCAAGGAAAUAGAUGAGGCACUCUUGAACAGUGAAGUUGACAUCGCUGUCCAUUCAAUGAAGGACGUGCCUACGUACUUACCUGACGGAACAAUUUUACCAUGUAAUCUCGAGCGUGAAGAUGUUAGAGAUGCAUUCAUAUCAUUGUCUGCAACUUCUCUAGCUGAUUUACCCUCUGGAAGUGUUGUUGGUACUGCUUCGCUAAGACGGAAGUCACAGAUACUCCACAGAUAUCCAUCCCUAAAUGUUCAGGAAAAUUUCCGCGGCAAUGUUCAAACAAGGUUGAGAAAACUCAAUGAGGGGGUUGUCCAAGCUACACUAUUGGCAUUAGCUGGACUCAAGCGCUUAAACAUGACGGAAAAUGUGACUUCAACCCUAUCAAUUGACGACAUGCUUCCGGCAGUUGCUCAAGGUGCAAUUGGAAUAGCCUGUAGAAGUAAUGAUGAUAAAAUGGCAGAAUACAUUGCUUCAUUGAAUCAUGAAGAAACAAGAUUGGCGGUUGUCUGCGAAAGGGCCUUCCUCACGACUUUGGAUGGGUCUUGCCGCACUCCUAUCGCCGGUUAUGCUUGCAGAAAUGAGGAUGGUAAUUGCUUGUUCCGAGGACUAGUUGCUUCACCAGAUGGAACUCGCGUGCUAGAGACAUCGAGGGUUGGUCCAUAUGCUGUUGAAGAUAUGAUUGAGAUGGGUAAGGAUGCUGGCAAGGAGCUUCUUUCUCGGGCUGGACCGGGCUUUUUCAGCAGUUAGCAUUUGCAACAGAAUAUUAAAGUGUAACGUGUGUCUGUGUGGUUAUUUCUUGGUCAGAUUCUAGGUAGUUGCUUCCUGAGUUGAUUAAUUCUUUGACCUGUUGUAACUUAAAAGUAGAUCAAGUGUUCAACAUCAAUCUCAUCAGGCUCAAAUUGUUGUAUUUUGAGGAUAUUUAGAUGUCAAUUUUCGCCACCGGAAGUAUGUACUCUCAUUCCCUAAUGAAAUUUUCAAAUAUUUUCUCUUAA